UUAGCGCGGGAAGUGAGAGGGCGCGAACUCAAGAGAAUCUUUGCAACGUCUGCAAGGGUAGAUAUAUCAACUGAAGCGAUAAAUAACAUAAAAUGUUCUUUUUUUAUUUCAAUAGCCAGGCGUUCUUUACCUAAGCAUAACAAAACAACAGGAGUUAAGACAUCGCCUGGAUCUUAACAAAGCAGACAACUUAGACAUAGCCACAAGUAUGAAGCAGGAUUUGCAAAGUUUCAAGUGAAAGUAAUUACCUGGACAUUUCAGGGAGAGAAAACAACAACAACAUCCAACCUUCAUAAUGUAGUCCCAAGCAGGAAUGAUGCCAAUGAUUUCUUAACCAAAGAAAGGAAUGACUAUACAGACGUGCUCAUCCCUGGUCUUAUGGCUAGGUCUGAUCGUGCUCGUCUGUCUUGGUCACAGCCACCCACAAUCCCAGCAGCAAACAAGCAGCGGGCCAUUACUCCUCACUCCAUACCUCGACAGGGGCGACGUCGGCCUCGCUAGGAAUCUCAGCUUGGUCCGCUUUCGUCCACCGACCAUUGUCCCGCUGAGCUACGCUGGCUACCUGACUGUGGACCGAAGAGUCCGCAAUCAUCUUUUCUUCUGGUUUUUCCCGUCUCCCUCUAACCCGUCGGCUCCAUUGCUACUAUGGCUCAAUGGUGGCCCCGCAGUGUCGUCCAUGAUAGGCCUGUUCUGGGAACACGGGCCGAUGGAGGUCAACUACAAGCUCUACGGGAAUUCCUACGGGAAGAGAAACCACAGCUGGGUGGGUCCAUUUUCAGUGGUCUACAUCGACAACCCGGUUGGUACCGGGUACAGUUUUUCUGAAACAGGAACAAGAGGAUAUAAGCUGGAUAAGGAAGGGUACUGCCAUGACUUGUUUCAUUUCGUGGAUCAGUUUUUCAUAAUGUUUCCAGACCUCAAAGAUUUAGAGCUGUAUAUAGGAGGUCAAUCAUAUGCAGGGAAGUACAUACCGCCUUUAGCGUAUAGAAUCUUAUCAGAAAGAAAUGAUAUCAACUUGAAAGGAAUCAUUCUCGGGGGCCCGUAUUUCGACCCCAAAACUCAGAGCGUGGCGUUCUUUGACUACUUGUACGCCGUGGGCGCCAUCAGCCACCACGAUAUGAACAAGCACAAGAACAGGGUGCAAGCUAUGUAUAAAGAGUUCCUCGAGGGGGGCAAUGCCAACAAGACAUUCUCCCAGUUGUUCGAGCAGCUGGUCCUCCUGACGGACCUUCCUUUACCCUCGCUUGAUAACUACGUAUCCGGGGAGGAGGCGAACUACAGCCUGGUGGGGGAGGUCAUGACGACGCUGGACAUGCGCAAGGCAGUGCACGUGGGGAAUCAAAAGUACAUUGUGUCCAACGAUAAUCUCUCCCAGUGCUACGGGCCUGACGUGAUGGUCAGCACGAAGGAAGAGCUUGCCCAGUUAAUGAACAAUAUCAAAGUACUUAUAUACAAUGGAGACUACGAUGUUGUGGUCAGUUCGGUCAUGAUCGAGGCCGCCGUGAUGUCCACCCCUUGGAAUGGACAAGAGCACUACAAUAGAUCAAUGAGAAACUAUUGGAAGCAGGACAAGCGACUCAAAGGAUUCUACUCUCGGACCGGCAAGUUCUGCAGGGUCGUCGUCCACGGCGGUGGUCACCAGACGCCCCACGAUGUGCCGGACGUCACCCUUGAGAUGGUGACCGAUUUCCUCCACCACGGAUGCGUGCAGCCAAAAAACUGAUUGGGUGUGGCUCGAUGUGCAAGCUCCGCCCCCAUCACGUGACCUUUAUAGUGUUGAUGUUUUUCUUAGCGUUGCGUUUGUGUUGACGACAAUCUCGUUCCUAGAUCUAAUUGUUUCUUAGCGUGUUUAUUGUUCUUACGGUGCUGUUGUAGUUUUUGAGUCGGUGUUGUAGUUUUGUUGUUUUAUUGUUUUUGUAAGUGAUAUAGCCUAAGUUUCAAACGCAUUUAGAAAAUCCAUAAUUGUAUUUUUGAGCGUUAUUCGCAUAUAGUACUCAAAACCAGUUUUAGAAAUAUUUUUUUUUUACUGAUAAAGGAAUCUCUUUUACAUUAGAUUUAGACUAAUCCAAGUCUUUGAUAUUAAAUGUUACAGAAAAAUGCUGGGUAUCAGAUACCAGGAAAAUACAAAUGAGUUUAUACUUUGACAAGUCAACACUCUGGCUGGCAAAAAAAGGAGGAACUUCUCAAUACUGUGAAGAGACUAAAGCUGAGCUAGUUUAGUCCUAUUGUAAGACAUGACUCACUGUCAAAAGUCAUUCAAGGUACAGUGGAGGGAGAAUGAAGGAAGCGUCGUCCAAAGAAAAGCUAGAUGGGCCGGUCUAUUUCUUGAUAUUCUUCUCAGAAUAGCUGCUGCACGGGAAAAGUGGGGGGAUUUGGUUAUACAAACUGUCACAGCGCCCCCUACGACGAAAGUCAAGGGACAGAUAAGUGAGAUGAGACUUACUUUCCAUUUGACGCAAUUGGCGACCAGCUGUCUCCUUAGAGAUCUGUCAUAGCAAGCCUCUCUACUCUUCAAUGCUCUUAGAUGUCCACUGAUCUGAAAAGUCAAUUGAUCUUAAAUGUCCACUGCUCUGAGAUGUCCACUGCUCUGAGAUGUCCACUGCUCUGAGAUGUCCACUGCUCUGAAAUGUCCACUGCUCUGAGAUGUCCACUGCUCUGAGAUGUCCACUGCUCUGAGGUGUCCACUGCUCUGAAAUGUCCACUGCUCUGAGAUGUCCUCUGCUCUGAAAUGCCCACUGCUUUGAUAUGUCCACUGCUUUGAUAUGUCCACUGCUCUGACAUGUCCACUGCUCUGAAAUGUCCACUGCUCUGAAAUGUCCACUGCUAUGAGAUGUCCACUGCUCUGAAAUGUCCACUGCUCUGAGAUGUCCACUGCUAUCAGAUGCCCAUUGCUCUGAGAUCCUCAAAAAAAAAAUAGAAAAAAUAUAUCAAAAUAUGUCCAUUUCUCUUACAGUUAACAUCUAAACCAGCGAUACUUAAACUUUUCGGACAGCGAUUUCAAAAUCAAUUUAUAUUUGACGAUUUUAAUACUAACCACAGCAAUUGGCUCUCGACGAUGACCUGCAGACCACAGUAAAAAUAAAACGCAAAAACUAAAACUUUAUGACCAUAUCACAUCCCUAGGGCUCCCAAAAACCUUCCUACAGGAAACAGUACCAGGAAAAAGAAGAUGCAGACAGAAAACGUGAUUGAAAAAAAAAAAGAAUGGACGUGUCUGUCAUUGAAAGAGCUUCUACUCAACGCAAAAGACUGAGAAGAAUUCAGAAAGACGAUCGACAGAUCAUGUGUGGUGCCCCAAUGGUUAGUUACGUGGACUGUUCAGAUCACAGUACUUUCUUAAAGCGUCGUUACUGGGCACGGUUGACCUCCUGCUAAGCGUCGCCCUGUGUCAUCUGUGCUGACUUAAAUAUACACUGUUGCCUCUACCCCCGUCGCAACCACAGUUAUAACACUAUGUUAUCAAUCACGUAUAUGAAGUCUCUAGUGUAUCCGGUGAACAGAAUACGAUAGCAUUGACCAGCUAUAUCUUCUAAAAGCUAUGCUAUUUUUAUGCACCUUUUUGCACAGCAGAAUCUACUUUUAUCAGCUCUCAGCACAAAUUAUGUUUAUUUAUUAGUUGGUAACAAGACUAUUUCAAUCUAUCAUCUUCUUUGUUCUAAAUCUCUCAUAAUUCUUUCUCUUUAUAUUGUCUUACAUUAUCUGAGAGUCCAUUAUAUCGCCACACAUUUGUCCAUGUCGCUUCUCUUUUUUUUUCUUUUUAUCUACUGUAUUGUAUUCCUUAAAACGAAUUUUUCAAAUUAAUUUAAACAAAGAGCGGAUUAUUCUGUUUAACUGAAUUGUGAACACCAUAGAGUUAUCGUUCAUUUCUAUGUCCGUUUAUAUUGGAUAUUUGGUAACAUAGCAUUUUUUUUUAAAAGAAAAUUCAUUUAUACACCUUCGUUUGAAUUUGUUCUAAAACCAAUAAUUCGAAAUUAUUUAUCUAAUUAAUAGACUAAGACAUUAAUUUUGACAACAAAGAUUGUAAAGUGUGUUUAGUUAGGUCUCAUACUUUCAUUUUUUAUAAGACAAAGAAAAAUAGAUUACGAUUAUCGUUCUGUUAAGUCUCAUAUGUCUCCUGGACAGAGAAUUGUGUUUAAGUUGUUGUCCUGUCUUCAUGUAUGUCAUUGUCUCUACUGUCAGUAGCUCAUUGUCAUUUAAAAAAGUUAAUUUUUUUGUAAACUUUUUUUUUGUAUGUCAAAGGUCAUGGUUUAAGCAUGAGGGCAGUUCUUGCAUAUGGAGUCACACUGAACAAAUACACUCUUGUUUUAUUUACUCAUGUUUGUUAUAAAGUUAUAUUUAGACAUUGAUCCGACUCAGUUUUAUUAGGGAUAUUUCAUCUUAGAUUUCAAACCAUAACAAAAAAAGUGUAUGGUAAAUGUUAUGAGCUUUCUUUUCACCAUAACACAUCCGGAUGUACCAUAACACAUCCGGAUGUAGACCACUCACUGUAGUCUACUUUUAGAUGUGUUAUUGGCAAAGAUGAAAUUUCCUAAUAAAACAGACCAAUGCCUAAAUAUGUCUUUUUUUUUGUUAUUUUAUUAUUAUUUUGAUUUUAUUUUUGUAUAUUGGUUUGUUAUUUUUACGUAGCAUUAUACCUGAGAUCUCAACAUUAAAAUGAAAUGCUAAAAUGUCAGAUUUCAUUUCUUGUAUAGUUUCUCAUUUGCUACAAUGUCUGAAAAUUGGAUAACAAUGUUUAACUCUUUCUUUCCUUAAUUAUUUUCCUCGUUCCGAUAGUAUUAUUCAUUUUGUUCAUUUGUAUUUCACAAUCCUUUUCUGAUUAAACUUCAAUAACUUUUUGUUAUCAGAAACUGUUAUACUUGGUAUCGAAUUAAUAGAAGAAUGCAUGCUCUUUUUACACAACACAAAUUAAAGUUUAUAAAUCCAAAACAAAUUUAGUUUAGUGAGGUCAAAUCAACGUUGGCGUCGCUGGUGCAGGUAGAUGGUUUCCCUUUUUUUUUUGACAUUUUAGAAGUCUUUAAUUAGUAUUUGCAAUUGGUUUUUGUAGAUCUACAUAAUUUUAUGAUAUUUUGUUUAUUGCUAGAAUUAUGUCAGGCUUAUUUUUUUUUUCUGUUUAAGAGAGUCAAUUACUAGUAGGCUGGAAAACGCUAAGACUUUCCAAAAACAAAAAGGAGUUUCUGUUUCAAUGCUUAACUCAAGUGUACAGAAUUUGACAAAUGUUAUUAGUAUUGUCAUGUUAUCAACUUGUUAUCAUUUAGUUUAUGAUUAUUACAAAAGUAUAUAUAUAUAUUAAACCCUUUAUCAGCUACCCCCAGAAAAUAUGUAUUGGUACAUAUAUAUGUUUUCAAAUGAAGAUAUCUAGCUAGCAAUGGUUUGGGUUGUCUCUAGACAAACCAAAUAUAAGCAAAACAAGAAUUAGUGUGUAUGUCAUACUAUAGAUUCAUGUCAUUAUCAUAGCAACGUUAUUCGAACAUAUCUUGACAUUUGUGUACAUAACAUUUGCCUUGAUACAUUUUCGCGCUAAAAAAAAAAAGUUAAAAUGUUGAGAAAAACAACCCCACAUUUUAUGGUUUGUUUAAUUGUCUUUUUUUAAAAACAGAUUACUAUCUCAAAAGUUUAUUUUAUAUGAAAAGUCCAAAACAUCUGCUUUAAAAAUUUGAGUGGAAACGUGUUUGUAAAGGAUUGAGCGCUUGAAAAUAAACAUCGUUGAUUUGUAUUGCAACUUUCCUGAUACUUGUACAACAUUUCAAUAAGUAUUCGAAGUACUUCAUUAUACGGAUACAAAUGUUUCAAAAAAAUGCGAAAUGGAUCUUUUUCAAAGCUUAUACCAACUCACUCUGUCUGUUUGUCUGUCUAUCUGUCUUUCUGGUAAAAAGUGUCUACACGUUAUUUCUCCCACACCCAUUCUCGGAUCAAGUUGAAAAUUCACACAUUUAUUCAUUGG